CGUUGUCAAGGCAGCCUCAGAGCGAGACUGGCUGGCGGAAAGUAGCUGCAGUGUCCUGGCUGAAUACAUGUCCACAACCCGCUAGAAAAAAACUGUCCCGGGAAGUUAGGGCUAACUAAAGGUCACUGAUGCUAUGACUGUGAGAUCCAGCCCCGAAGGACUAGUGGGGGACUUUCUACUUUUGGAUUUAUGGCACGAAGCGACCCUAGCUGGAAAAGUACAAGCUUGCAGCCUUAGCGGAACCUAUGGGUUGUUCACGCUGGAUGAAGAAUGCUCACAGUAAAAAGUAAAGGCAAUUCUACGGGACAGCGCUACAUACCUGUCUCAGAGUUUGACGAUGCUACAUUGGCACAGAAGAGAGAGUACUGGAGGAAUAAGAAGAGGGAGCAGAGGGCAAGGCGGUCCGAGAAGAGACAAACAACCCCUAAACCAAAUCCAAACUCACAAGCCCCUGCGUCUUCCUUUCCGUUGCAAGAUAAAAAUGGAUCCAAUGUAGCAGCAAAUAAUGUUGGCUCUUUGCAGAACAGAAACAUCAGAACAGAAACAUCAAGUGAUUUUGCUGCCCUUCAUUGUCAAAAACAACAACUGCAUCUCAGCCCAUCCGCCAAUACAAGCAAAAUGGUAGUAAAGUGCAUGACACCAGAAAACACAACUGUCAAUUCGAUGUUGAUCAGUCAACUCAACAGCAACACUUCAGUACCUCCAUUUACCAAAAGUCAUUCUUUCCAGCCGUAUGUCCCUGUCCACGGCUCGCUUGUCCCAAAAACUAGCCAGAAUUCUUCUAUCCCCGUCUUCAUUCAGCCCAAACCUACAACUAAUAUCGCAGUUGUGUCUUCGCCCUGUAGUACGAAAAGCACACUCCAAUUAGGAAAAAAGAGUGCCUUGGUCAUUCAGCAAAAGCCUAUUAAUGCUAACAUCUCACCAGCUAAAGUGGAGACUGAGGAGGAGAAAGCGGCCAAACGCAGGGAACUGUGGCGGGUCAGGAAGAGGGAGCAACGGGAGAGGCUCGCGGCACGACUUGGCAAAACGAAAAACAGAGCACAAAAUGAUCAAAAGCAACACUCAAGUAAUGGCGCUUCAAUGCAUAUUCUAUCUCAAAGUUUGCUACAAUCUGGAUCAUUGAUGAAAACCCAAAAUCUACAACCAACCAACAUGACACCUUCCAUUCAGAGUGCACCCCCAUUGGUUGUUGUGAAGAGGCCAUUCGAACCAAUCAGAAAAGGUUUGAACCCCUUUCAUCUGUCUGGAGUAAUGAGAGCACGAUGUCCAACACCAAGACAGAGGCUUUUGAAGUUGAAAUCUCCAUCAUUGUCCUACCUCUCUGGAAGCAAAGGCCUCCCUCCAAUUGACCCCAGUGAUACCCCCGAACAAGUCAUAGCCAAAAGACGAGAGUACUGGCGGGUGAAAAAGAGGGAACAGCGUGCCAAAUUGUCAGUAGAUGUCAAACUGAGGUUGAAGGAGAAGGGCGAUUUUCAGCGCAGGGUAAAACGCUACCAUAAAAUUCUGGAGGACAUGAGGAAGGCAAGGUCCCAGGCGAUUAUGCAUGCGUCUGAGACCAUCGGGGGCUUUAUCAAAGAGGACGGGACGGUCACCAUUAACAUUCCACAAGUUACUGUGAAUUACAGCAUGCCAGCACAAAGAAGAGAGCAGGUGGAUAAUAUUGACGCGUAUAGCACACAACCACAGACAAGUAAACAUCUUCAAUCACUUCUGCCCCACCCUCCUCUGGUAAAAACUUAUAAUUCACCUUUAGGACAUCAACCUAGCAAAUCUCGCAAAAUACUGACAGAUAAAUCUCAAACUAUAGGUUGUAGCAGUUCACAAAUUGUACCUAUUCAAGCGCAAGCAUCACACCUUACUUUAACUCCAGCAUCUCUAAACCCUGGAUCAACAACAGGGGGGUGUGUCAUGAAGAUGGCUGUGUCAUGCAAAGCCCCAUCUCCAGUCAAAGCCUAUCUCGAUCCUUCACUGACGGAGGAGGAGAGGAUGGCAAAGAGGAGGGAGUACUGGAGGGUGAAGAAGAGGGAGCAACGAGCUUCCCGGGCCAUACGGUUAAGGCAAAGCCACUCACAAGUUAGAGCUAGUGCAGUUUUACUCAAGAGGAAAGCACAAAGGCAUGUUGCCGCCGUGCCACUGAGCAAAAGGCAUCCAAAACAGUCAGGAAGCAUCACAAAUAAUAUGGCUUAUGUAAAUGAGAUGAAACAAGUGAACGAAUCAAUGCCAGCAGUUGACCUAAAUUUGAAUCAAGCCAUCUGUCCAGAGCUCAAACCCCCAGUGUCCCGGACGCCACCCCCAGCCCAGGCCGAUCCUGACCCAGCUUUGAGUGCAGAUAACCAGGCUACCACUCUGCUGGCAGUGGCCUCCAUGAAGAAACUCCUGGAGGAAUCACUAAGCAGUGUUUCUGAGUGUAAACCUGAGACUGGAAUUAAAAUGGAGACUGAAGAGGAGAAAGUGGAGCAGGACACGAAGCCAGAUUUGUCGCAGGACGAUGUUUGCGCGCCAGUUACUGCUGAUGUAAUGUUGCAAACAGAAAGCAGUCAAACAGACACAAAAAUGAUUGAGCGUGUACCAUUUGAGCAAAAAGACAUGUUCCAAAUAACCCCUUCUACAAUCCCAUAUAGUGCUCCUGACAACACGACUGACACCUCUUCUUUCAUUGUUAAUCCCAGAAUAGAGGCAUCUGAAUGUCCCCAGCGCCGUACACAACGCACUAAAAAAACAGGCCAUCAACACUGCUGCUCUCCUGGGCCCCCCAAACUACACCAUCCUCCCAUUGAAACACAAGCAGAGACUCAAGACCAAAACCACCACAGGGAAAAGUGUCCACAAGAGAUGCCCUUGGAGCAGAAGAGGGAAUACUGGAAACUGAUGAAGAGGCAGCAAAGGGCCCGGCUGAAGGCCAGGCAGAGGAGCAGCAGCAAUGUGACAUCCUGCAGGAGUGUUCAGUCUUCAGGUUGUGUGUUAAACAAGAACUCAGCAAUUAGACCAGCGCUCCUGCCCAAGUUAUCUACACAGACUGGGACUGCAGCACCCGGCAUGCCCACUGUCCUUUUGGUUAGCCCUACAGUGGCUAAUGCGGGCCCACAGGGCACUCUGAGAGUCAAGUCACCAGUGUGCAGCAGAGACACUGACACUGGCUCUAGGAGAGGGAAUGAAAACAUAAAUGUAAACACUUCAGUUCUUCCUACAUUGAAGCCCCCUGACAACCCACUAUCCAGCAUGAAUAUGCAACCCAUUGAGCCCCCAAGUCAAAACUUCAACCGUACUUUGAGAUCCAUAACUAUCCCAUGUCCACCAAAACAAAACAAUCCACAAAAUAUAGUCUCCCGGUCGAUCGGCACCAUUACCCCGCCCAAACGUAUUCCCGGGGAAUCUGAGGAGGAUUUCCAGAAGAGGAAGAGAGAAUACUGGAGGAUCAAGAAAAAGGAGCAGAGAGCCAGAAAGGCCUUUCAUGACAAGGACAAAGCCCCUGACCCCAGCUGCUCCCCACACAUGUCCCAGUACAUGCCACAGGACCCCCUGCCAGACCAAUGUGAACAGGAAUCAAAUGAGUGGUUGAGCCCAUCUGUGGAACCAGAAGACUUAAUGAACAAUGCUGCUGGGUCUGAUGUAGGCUCCUUCCAAUUCCCAAAUUACUCAGUGCCAAUAGAUGGCGUUUUCACUGACUAUGAGAGCCCGAGCGGUGAGGAGGGUGCUCUGUCAGGAGACUUCUGGAGGAACCACUACCUCAUGGAUCAUGACCCGCUGAACCAGCUCCUGGUGUGCAUGGUGUGUGGGGAGCUGCAGUACGUCCACAGUGUGGAGGGGGUCCGGGGGCACAUCGAGGAGGCCCACCCCCACACUUUGAGUCUGGACUCUGGGGAGAGGCACAGGAUCCUGCAGGCCUGGGACGAGCAGGUGUUCCACAGGGAGCGCUUCUUCACCAACCAGCUCCAGCAGCACAGCGCAUCCAUGACAGAAGCACACAUGAACUGAUUGAAAUCAGAGAAGACCCAAGUCCAGGGCCCAUUGUCUUAUUUAUUAAUAAUCUAUAGAAAUGUAUCACUUAUUAGUGUUGUGAGUUCUUGUAAUGGGGUUAUACAUACUAUUUAUUUUGCACCUUAAUUUUAAUCACAUAAUUUAGCCAUGUCAAAAUAAACCUCAGUACAAAUCAGUUUGGUCUAUGCCUACUACAAACUAUUAUAUUUAUUUUAAGAUGUAAACCAAGGGUUAUUCAUCGGGUUGCUGUAUUAUUAAGUAUUCACUUUAUUGCAGUAGUGACAUGUUCUAUUUGCAGUAAUCCAUUAUAACAUUCCAAAUGCUGAUGUUAAAUGACAUUUUUGCUGUGAUGUGAAGGCUGCUCUUUUUUCUUGAGGUUUUUUACUGGGACAGUCCGCACCAAUGCCAGCAAUGAAAACAAAUGCACAACACAAUAGACACUACACGUUUUUAUGUCAUUUUUACUGCACUACAUACAGGAAAACAAUGAAGAGAUUCAAUUUUUGUAGCCAUUCUGAAAGGUCAAUACAGUUUUGAUUAAAAAAAAACAACUUUUGUAACUUGGUAAAUAUAGUUAUCUUCACUAUGUGACAAUGUGAAAAGACAAACACUAUUAUUUGUGCUCAUCCCAUGCCAAAUGUGUUUUUCUUUUGCUAUUUAUUAUUUAUUGAGUCUCAUCUUGUGUAGCGGAAAAUAAUACAGAUCAAACAUUUUGUCUUACUCUAGAUCAUUAAAUCAUUUGUGAGUAUGUGGCAUCCAAAGGCUUUCUUGCAUGAUUUAGUUGUUGUGUGUUAGAGGGGUACUGUUGGAUUAGUAUUGUUUUGCUUUUAAAUGUUCAGGAAAAAAAGACUGGAAUGGUAAUAGUUUGAGCACAAAGCAUUGAACAUGCAUACUUUAAGAACCUGAAAAGCCACAUAAAAGGUGUCAGCAUUUGAAUUCUGUUCGAUGCCUCAGAAUGUACUUAUGUCUUGUAAAAAAGGAAUGUGUGAUGCCUUUUCAAAAUAAACCUUUGUACU